CUAUGUGCCACAAAGCGCGUCAAUACCGCUUACCUAAAACCUGUGUUGUUAACGAGCCGGGCUGCACGGGUCUGUGCUCUACAGGGCAUUUUUUACAUAAAAUCAUUAAAAUUAGGCAACAAAACAGCAUUUAAUUAGGAGUAGACCAGCCAUGACGUUGCAUAAGGAUUGCAUCCCUUCUUCUAAAACAGCUUGGCGCAUUUCUGCCACAGUUGUGGGUUGAUGCAGACGACGAUGCAAUGCUUGUUUGAGGCGACGCUAGCACUUUUCAAUUGGAUUCAUAUCAGGAGACGUAGAAGGAUGUGGUAGGGGGAUAAUGCCGAAGAAAUCACAGCGGAAAGCUCUACGGGAUGUGAUCAAAGCUGCCGCGGACAAAACAGACGACAGUGAAGACGUUGCCCUCAAGCACCUUCUUCGGCGGUUCUUCUUUGCUCUGAUCUGUCACGUCGUUGGUAGUGUGCCAUUCCGGUCGCCCAUCCUAAGCUUCUGUGCCAUGCUAGGCAGGUCAGUACGCAUGAGUAAGGUUGCUGAAGGAGAGGAGAUGAAGACCAAAUGGCAGGGGAAGGAACCAGGGAUACUCAGCAGCCACUUGUCAGCCCUUACCUGGACAGCCCAGCUUCUCAUCUUCGACUACGCCUGUUUUCAAGAGCAAGAGGACGAGAACCAGAUUCCUGUCUUUUUGUCGAGGAUCUGUAAACAGUUCUUCCAGCAGCUCGCUGAGACUCCGUUUGGGCACAUCCUCCAAUGGAGGCUGUAUUUAUUUAAGACCAAUAAGCGACAACUUGCCAAACACCAAGCGCGGUGGUCUCUUGACAAGCAGACAGUCGGAUACCGAGGGACAGAUCUCCAUAUAUCGCAUAUCCCGAAGCUUGUUUUGUCAGAACAUGAGCAGACAUAGUCAAUAUUAUACUAAGAUCUCUUAUUCCAGGCCGGUGAUCUCAUCCCACUCCAGUCAUGGAAACUAAAAGACGAUCUGAGCAUGCUAGAUUUUAGAGAGUCUUGGCCCACCAACCCGGAGAACGUAGAGCUGCUCAAGGGUUCCGAGGUGACACUCUUGCAACACAUACAAAAAAGUUCCGAACUUCGGUCCAUGUUCCUGGUUGAUGACCCAGAUGGUACUAUAGUUUUCAACCUUGGAACUAUAAAUGUCUACGAGGCAAAAAUUCAGGACUUUCUCAAGCGAAUGCUCGUCUUGUGUUAUAUUACAGUAGGCCAGCCAUUGCGGGAGCCAGAGUAUCUAUUUAUAUUGUGGUAUAACACGUCACGACAGAAA